AUGACACGUGGAAGAUAUCAACAUCUUGCACCGCUAUCGAAAAUGGCUAAAGUAAAUCGUCUUCGCUUCUCUGGUCAUAUAUUAAGGAGAUCAGCAGAUCGCCUUGUUCAACGAGUUCUGAGGAGUCUGCCGGGUUCGAGCUGGAAGAAGCCACCUGGCCGAAAACGGAAGUUCUGGACUGAGGCGGUGAAAGAGGACCUGAGGACACCCGGCAUGGAUAGGCAGUUCAAGCGAGACGUAAGGUUUAGCAGAAUAUGGAAUAGCGACGAAUGGAUUGAUUCUGUGCAAGCUCUCGCAGAAGAGAAGGUUGGGCAGAGCUGUCUUCAAGCACGGUACACCUCGGCGAAGAUGCGGGUAAUCGCGUCAGGCGAGGACAUCAGCCCGCCGAUUAAGUGA